GACCCGCGGCAGGUAAACAUUUCCGCUGCGUCGCCAUGGACUCAAACAAGGACGAAGCGGAGCGCUGCAUCAAAAUAGCCCGAAACGCCAUCGGCAACCACCAGCCCGACAAAGCCAGGAAGUUUCUGGAGAAGGCACAGCGCCUGUUUCCCACAGACCAGGCAGAAAACCUGCUGCAGUCCUUAUUGCAGAACGGGAAGCCCCCGGAUGAGAACGGGGUCCCGGGACGCGGAGCUGAGCCCGGGCUGAGGCAGCGGGACCGAGCCGGAGCGGAGCCGCCGCAGGGAGACGCGGCCAAGGCGUUCACCGCAGAGCAGCUGGACGCAGUCAGGAGGAUUAAGAGUUGUAAAGAUUAUUACCAAAUCCUGGGAGUGGAAAAGACUGCCUCGGAAGAGGAUCUUAAAAAGGCUUAUAGAAAACUGGCUCUUAAAUUUCAUCCAGAUAAAAAUCAUGCACCUGGAGCCACAGAGGCAUUUAAAGCUAUUGGUAAUGCUUACGCUGUUCUGAGUAACGUUGACAAGCGAAGACAAUAUGACCAGUAUGGAGAAGAGAGAACACAUCCCAGCAGACACAGAGAGCAUCGUGAUUUUGAAGCAGACAUCUCACCCGAGGAUCUCUUCAACAUGUUCUUUGGUGGAGGUUUCCCAACAAGUAAUGUACAUGUUUACAGAAAUGGAAGAAUGCACUUUGCACACCACAAUAGGCAAGACAGACGAGAACAACAGAGAGACGGAGGUCUGGCUCUGUUUGUCCAGCUGCUGCCCAUCUUGAUUCUCAUCAUUGUUUCUGCCCUAAGCCAGUUGAUGGUCACGCAGCCUCCAUACAGCCUUAGCUAUCGUCCGUCGGGCGGACAUAUUCACAAAAGGCAUACGUCACACCUAAAGGUGCCUUACUAUGUGGGGGACCGUUUCAUCGAAGAAUACUCCAACACCCUGAAGAAUGUUGAGAGAAGUGUAGAAGAAGACUAUAUCUCUAACCUAAGAAACAACUGUUGGAAAGAGAAGCAGCAGAAGGAGGGCUUGCUGUAUCGUGCUCGUUACUUUGGGGAUUCGGAGUUGUACCAAAGGGCACAGAGAAUGGGGACUCCCAGCUGCUCCAGACUAUCUGAGAUUCAGGUCAUACUGGACGGCUAAAACCACUUGCGCACACUUGGGUAUGUUUCCACAAACUACUUGAAUCUAAUGAGAAGAGAUCAGUUGGAAUUCACUCAAAUUGGAACGUAUUUCUGCAGCAAACCAAGAGAAUGGGGGGAGAACAUGCCUUACGUGCAGUGAGCAGCAGGACUCAUCAGGGAACCUCUUUGCAACUCCAUUCAGACUGACUUCCUGUAAAACUGUGAGAAGCUUUGAAUUGACAUUUUCCUACUCUAGUGUCUUGGAAAUGGUGAGAAUCGACGGGGCAUCAUAAUGGAAAGUAAGAAGGCUGUUUUGUUGUCCAGUAAAGAAAGCUACUGAGAUUAAUCCCCCCUUCCCUGAUUUUUAUGUUUAAGAGAACCUCAAGGCCUUCUCAUAGACACUCUGAGCCAUUCACAAGGAAAGUGUGUAAUUUUUAUAGUUCUUACCAGUGUAAAUACACAAUUUACUUUUACCAGUGCGGAGGUUAUUAGUCAUUUACCAUAAAGUUUUGUGAAAUCGCUUGUAGCUUGUACGAUCAUAAUUACUGAAAAUUGUUGCACAAAUAAUGAAAUAGACCAUAUUUAUUAAAUUAACAUGCUAAGAUUAUAUAAAAGUUUCUUUGAAUUAAAUUUGUCCAUUGAAAGACAA